GUUAUGAUUUUAAUUGAAGAAUUUAAUUUUUUUUCUUUGACAGUUAAUUGUGAUUACUUUUUAAUUGUGACAUUUUUUAUUAAAUUGUGACAUCAACUCUGUUCGUCAAUCAUCUUAUUUUAAUUUGAAUGAUUUAGUGAUUAGUUAAGCUAUAAUCGUUUUCACCUUUUCACCAUUAUCACUACCACCUCCAUCUCGUCAAAAUGACUGCAAUGACGCAAGAAGAUAUCGUUGCAAAUACCAAAACUGUGAUCCAAGGACUUGAUGCUCUGAGAAAUGAAAAUCUAUCCAUCCAUAGUGGCUUAUUAUCAUCAUUAGAGGCUAUUCAAAAAUCAGAACAUUGUGAAAAUGAUUCUAAUCUUAGACUGAUGGAAGAGAAGACAGCAAUUGUCGAUAAAAUAAUAGAAAGUAUUGAACUUGGACUUUCUGAGGCUCAAGUUAUGAUCGCUUUAGCGGGUCACUUGCAAACCGUUGAAGCAGAGAAACAAAAAUUACGAGCACAGGUUCGAAGGUUGUGUCAAGAGAAUGCUUGGCUUCGCGAUGAGUUGGCUAACACUCAACAAAAUUUACAAAUCUCUGAACAAAAAGUUGCUCACCUUGAGGAGGAGAAAAAACAUCUCGAGUUUUUAAAUUCCAUUAAAAAGUAUGACUUCGGUGAAGCCAGUCCGACAGCCGAUGAUCCCAUGGAAAAAAGUAAAACAGAAAGUGAAGCUCCUCUUGAUCUUGGUUUUCCUGAUGAUGAAGAGGAACAACAUCCCGAGGGCUUAACACCAACCCCACCUGGACAAAUGGCAGCCGUAGCCAAUGCUGGUUAUGAGAUUCCUGCUCGACUACGAACCCUUCACAAUUUAGUCAUUCAAUAUGCAUCUCAGGGAAGGUACGAAGUGGCAGUACCAUUGUGUAAACAAGCCCUGGAAGACUUGGAGAAAACAAGUGGCCAUGAUCAUCCUGAUGUGGCGACCAUGUUAAAUAUCUUGGCACUUGUUUACCGUGAUCAAUAUAAAUAUCGAGAAGCUGCAAACCUUUUAAACGAUGCUCUGGCCAUUCGAGAGAAAACCCUUGGAGAGAAUCAUCCAGCAGUAGCGGCAACAUUAAACAAUCUAGCGGUUCUUUAUGGUAAAAGAGGACGUUACAAAGAAGCUGAACCACUUUGUAUGAGAGCAUUAGAAAUUCGUGAACGUGUUUUGGGUAAAAAUCAUCCGGAUGUUGCUAAACAGUUGAACAAUUUAGCUCUCCUCUGUCAGAAUCAAGGAAAAUAUGAUGAAGUGGAAAAAUAUUAUUUAAGAGCACUGGAAAUCUAUGAGAAAGUACUUGGACCUGAUGAUCCAAAUGUAGCGAAAACGAAAAACAAUCUUGCCUCUUCCUACCUUAAGCAAGGCAAAUACAAGGAAGCCGAAAUGUUGUACAAACAAGUCUUAACUCGAGCCCAUGUUCGAGAAUUUGGUAACAUAGAAGGUGAAAACAAGCCAAUAUGGCAGAUAGCAGAAGAAAGAGAAGAAAGUAAAAAUAAGAAUAAGGAUAAUACACCUUUCCCGAAUGUAGAUUCUGGUACCUGGUAUAAAGCAGUCGAUAAAUGUCCCACCGUGGCUACAACCUUAAAAAAUUUGGGUGCACUGUACAGGCGUCAAGGGAAAUACGAAGCGGCGGUCACUCUGGAGGAUUGUGCACUACGAGCUCGAAAGGAGGCCAAUCUUAAUAUCAAAAGUGACCUGAUUUAAUUGGGUCAAUAUGAGAAAACUACAAUGUCGAUGAUGGUUUUUAUAUCUACACUAAAUUGACCGUAUAAAUAUCACACUGGCUUAAUCAUUGUUCAAAUCAUUCCUUGAGAUAAUCAGUUGAGAUGAUCGAUUAUCGGAUUAACAUUGAUUGGAUUAUCCCAUUGAUCCCUUUUCCUCAUCCUCAUCCUCAUCUCUCUCUCUCUCUCUCUCUCACUCUCUCAAUCUCUUUUAUCUUCACAUGGACAUGAUUUAAAUCAAUUUUAUAUUUACAAUUAACGUUUCCAAAUUGCAAUUGUUUUCAUCUUCUUCUUAAUUUUUUCUUUCUUUCUUAUGAAGAUUGAUAAUUGAUUCUGUAAUCAUCGCAAUUUAACAACAAUCAAAAGGUUUAAAUCAACGGAUCAAGUAUCAACUCUUUGGGAAUGGCAGAUAAACUCAAACGAGAAUUAAAAUCAACAGAAGAAAAAUUGUCUCUAACAAUUAAUAAUAAAUGAUGAUGGAAGGAAUUGAUUAUUCUGAUGAUUGGUCUCUCUUUCACUCUCUUCAUCCAUUGGAAAAGUUAAUUGUUAUGAUUAACUUUAUUUUCACGUUAAUUGUAAACUCGAAAACCACUUCAUCUAACUUUUUACAUUCACAAUCAAUAAAUAGUCUCAUAUGUAUGUUAUAACUAAUCAGUGUUUUGAUUAAGUUUCCGAGCAAUUUGCUGAUUGUUUUUAUCUCUUAAUCUCAUUGGAUUAUAAUUGUUGAUUGUUUACGCUUCGGUAAUUAAAUUGAUUGGGAAUCUCUCA